AUGACCCUAAAUCCCAGUUUCAACCAGGUAAGACUGUACUCGGAGCCUAUCGAACUAGAUCACUCAUCGGUUAUCCCAGGCCAUCAAAUUCCUGUUCAACAUCAGAAGAAGCCUGGGCUACAGGAAGAACUGGAUGACCCAAAAUCGGUAUCAGCCCACAUACCGUCCGUCGAAGAAAGUUAUGAGACACAUAAGGCAACAGGAAAGCUUGCUGGGAAAAGAGCCAUCAUUACAAGUGGUGACUCUAGAAUUAGCCGCGCCAUUGCUAUUUUGUUUGCAAUGGAAGAAGCAUCCAGCUUGAUUGUCUACUUACCAGAAGAGGAGAGGGGCGCACAAGAGACAAAAGGAAGGGUCCAGGACACAGGGCAUUAUUGUCACUGUUUGGCUGUGGAUGUCCGCAAGAAGGAGAAUUGUCGAAAAGUGGUUGAUACCGCCGUGCAAUGUAUGGGUGGCAUAGACAUCUUGGUCAACAACGCGGGAUUCCAGAAUAUGGUUGAGGACAUUAGUGGCCUUGAAGAAGAUCAGUGGGGGCGUACAUUCGAUACCAAUACCCAUCCAUUUUUCUACCUUUCCAAGUACGCGCUUCGGCACAUGGGAAGUGGCUCAAGUAUAAUAAACUGUGGGUCUAUCAACGCAUACGUCGGUCGACCUGACCUCCUUGACUACACAGCAACCAAGGGUGCAAUUGUUGCAUUCACCAGGGGCUUGUCUAAUCAGCAGGUUGGAAGAGUUGGGACGCCUCUGAUGCCAUCAACUAUGACUAGUUCGGCAAUGGACCAAUUCAGCAGUGUGCCAAUGGGCCGUCCGGGACAACCCAGUGAAGUGGCUACUUGUUUCGUCUUCUUAGCAAGCCAAGAUAGCAGCUAUAUCUCGGGACAACCUUUGCAUCCCAAUGGUGUUGCUGUCAAUGGGUAG